GCUUCGAUCGUCUUGCAGCAGUUACUUUGCAGGGCUUGACAGUCCAACAUCAUCUUUAAGUCUAUGGUAGACUAAUUGAUUGCUUAUUUGAGAAAGAAGGUCAUAUCCAUGGAUAAACAUUUUUGUUAACAAAUUGAACAAGUUACGGAAUUUAAAAUACAACUAUAUAAAAAAGUGUCACGAAAGCUGUACAAUUGCAUUGUGCUAAUAUUUUUUAUCUACGUGUACAGUUUCCGCUAUAACAUUUACGAAGUGAUUGAUGAGAAAAUUUAUUCACGGGUGCGUAAUGUGUUUAACCGCUAAUAUAAUACGUUUAUAGUUGAAGUGCAAGUUCAUUUUAUUCAUAUAAAUAAUAUGCAUUGGGCAAGAUUUGUGAGAAUUUUGAAUUUUGCCAGCCAUCUUGAUUGUCAAUUACUGCGUUGAAGAAAAUAUAACAAACAAUAUACUAAGGUAAACGGACAUUUUGAUGUUUUAUGGUAAAACUAAAGAAAAAUUGAAAAACUGUAAAAUUUACAAAAUAGCAAUUUUGUAAUUGCGAGAAGUAUAAAAAGUUAAACCGUACAAGUGAUUUGAUCGACACGGAAAAACAAGUGACGUGACAAAUUCCUUCGCAUCUAUCACAUACACUGAUGUAUACAAGCUGAUCUAGCUGUUCUAUGAUCAAUAUACACAUACGUGCAGUUGUAUAUGUGUACAUAAAGAAAAGAGGUGACGAUCGAGCAACAUACCAUUGAUCCAGCAUAUUAAGCGGCACACCUGUAUCUUUCUGACACAGACAAUCGAAAUAUCAGUGGAAAGGAAUUUCUCCGAACAAUCAUCUAAAGAAAUGAAACCCAACAUACGUUAGCAAACAAAGCGAAUUAAAUCUCAUCUGAAAUGGACUGGUCUACUGGUGAUUUGGUGUGGUUUGACCCUGGUCUUGGUCAUCCACUACCAGGCGAAAUACUCGAAGUGCAUCGUGCCGCCCAAAUAAUCAUCGUGCAAGCACUAAUCAAUGGAAAGCCUCAGACAUUCACACUUGGUCCUGGCGAAGGAAAUCUUCGUCCCAGACAAGACCUAGGAAAAACUGGAGUAGAGGACAUGACCCAACUGGAAGACCUUCAUGAAGCAUCAUUACUGUGGAAUCUGAAGCUACGCUAUGACAAUGGACUGGUAUACACAUACGCUGGAAGUAUACUGAUAGCAGUGAACCCUUACAAAAUGUUCGCAGACGCAUAUGGUAUCGAAAUGGCGAAAAUGUAUUCAGGAAAACCACUGGGAACAUUACCACCUCAUCUAUUCGCCAUUGGUUCCGCUGCACAUGCUGCUUUGCCUUCUCCGCAAGUGGUGGUCAUUUCUGGCGAAUCUGGAUCUGGAAAAACGGAAUCAACCAAACUCGUAAUGCAAUACUUAGCGGCGGUAGUUCCAGGAGGUGGAUCUGCGUCUACUGUUAUAACGGAACAAAUUUUAGAAGCAGCACCAUUAUUAGAAGCGUUUGGUAACGCAAGAACUGCUAGAAAUGACAACAGUUCAAGAUUUGGAAAAUACUUGGAGGUAUUUUUCAAAUCUGGAGCUAUUAUAGGCGCAAAAAUCACACAGUACUUGCUGGAGAAAUCUAGAAUUGUUACACAGGCACCAGGAGAGCGCAAUUAUCACGUUUUCUACGAAUUACUUGGAGGACUAUCAGAAUCUGACCGUACUAAAUAUGGCCUUCUUGAGGCAGAUAAAUAUUUCUACCUGAACCAGGGAGGCUCGGACUGUUCUUCGGGUCGCGUUGAUUGGGCUUCAUUGCAAGGUGCGAUGCAAGUACUUGGAGUAUCGGAGAAUGAGCGAGAGGGUAUUGUAAACGUUCUUGCUUCCGUGUUGCAUCUAGGAAAUGUUUACUUCCAUCGAAGACAACUGAGACAUGGACAGGAAGGUGUAGAAGUUGGAUCAGAUGCUGAAAUUAAAUGGGCCGCACAUCUACUUCAAAUUCCUUCGGAGGGAAUCUUACGAUCAUUAACAUCGAGAAUUACUGAGACGCGAUCAGAGCGACUGUACACACCAUUGAGUAUAGAUCAGGCGCUGGACGCUAGAGAUGCUUUGGCCAAAGCAUUGUAUUCGGGAUUAUUCAAUUGGUUGGUGCUGCGGAUAAAUUCCAUUGUGCAUAAAGGGGGCACUCACGAUGCUCAUCGAAUUUCCAUACUUGACAUCUUUGGAUUUGAGGACUUGGCAGAGAACUCUUUCGAGCAAUUGUGCAUCAAUUAUGCCAAUGAAAGCUUACAGCUGUAUUUCAAUAAGCAUGUUUUCAAGUUAGAACAAGCUGAGUAUGCAAAAGAGCGGCUAGAAUGGUCGGCUCUAGAGUGGGAAGAUAAUCUCCCUGUUAUUCAUUUGCUGGCAAAGAAACCUGUCGGAAUAUUUCAUCUUCUAGAUGAUGAAUCAAAUUUUCCCAGAGCAAAUGAUAUAAGUUUUCUAGAAAAAUGUCACUACAACCACGCGUUGAACGAGCUAUACUCUAGACCAAGGAUUGGUGCCCAGGAAUUCGGAAUAACACAUUACGCUGGUCAAGUCUGGUAUUGCGUUGAAGGUUUUCUCGAGAAAAACCGUGACGCAUUACGAAUGGACGUCGUGGAACUUUUAAGCUCGAGCACAGAGCCUUUGGUUGGUGAAAUGACCAAACAGUUGAGAGCCCAACGAGAUAUAGGAAAGACCUUACCAAGGGGUAUUAACGGGCGAUUCGUAACUAUGAAGCCCAGAACCCCUACCGUCGCAGCGAGAUUUUCCGACUCGUUACAACAACUAUUACAAUCAAUGGCCAAAUGUAACCCAUGGUUUGUAAGAUGUGUGAAGCCUAAUAAUGAUAAACAAGCACUUCGUAUGGACAUGCCGUGUGUUCUUCAGCAAUUGAGAUAUUUGGGAAUGCUCGAUACAAUUAAGAUACGGCAACGGGGAUACCCAGUUCGUUUGCGAUUCCAGCACUUCGUAGAGCGAUAUAGACAUAUGUUGAAAACUCCGCUGCCGAGGGGUACUCCUUAUCGUGAACUCUGUCGUUUUGUUCUUGAUUCCCUACCUGGUACCAAUACGGAAGGUCCAGAUUUUCAACUCGGUGCGACACGAGUAUUCUUGAGAGAAGCCCUCCAUAGAACCUUGGAAGCCAGUCGUUCAGAAAGACUUAGAUUAGCCGCAGUGACAAUACAGAAAAGUGUUCGCGGAAUGCUUUCAAGGAAACGAAUUCAACGUCAAAAUCGAGGAGCUGUUACCAUUCAGAAAGUAUGGCGUGGAUAUAGGGAGAGGAAAAACUACGUUUUUCUGAAGAGAGGUGUUAUAAAAGCACAAGCUCUAUACCGUGGACGGGUUCAGAGGGCUCGUUAUGCCAAGUUGAAGGUUGAAAUGAAACGUCGCCGUGACGCAGAACGUCUACAGAAAGAACGUGUUGCCCAGAAUCUGGCCAAAGAACAGGUUGAGCGAAACACUUCCGCAUUGUUGGAUAUACCGGCUGAGCUGGUGUUUAUAUUCUCUAAAUCUGAAAACUGGUCCGGUCUCCAAAAUGACCGGCAUUUAGUCAAGGUUGUGGGAACAGUUCCAGGUCCACCAACCGCAUCCGACUUACCUCCAGAUCUUGAUCAGUUUGCAUUUGGAAAGUUUAGUUCCGUGUAUUGUAAUGGAAUGAAAAUUUCCUCUAGACGCGACGUAAUAUCGACGCCAUUUUUAUCUAGAGCUGCCGCUCGUGAUCAAGAUUUUAAAGACGCAAUUGCAAUUUUUAAACUUAUUUUAAGAUGGACAUCAGAUUCGACCAUUGAUCAGAACAAGGAAAAAAUUAUGGCCGAUUAUAUAGUGCACAAAGGACUAUCUUCUAGAGGCCUGAGAGACGAAAUACUCGUUCAAAUUUGCAACCAAGUUUACAGGGCGGAUGAAGCAUCAGCCGACAAGCUAUGGUUGUUGAUGUCUCAUUGUCUAUCUGCCUUUCAACCAGGGUCCGCGUUCAACAAGUAUUUGAUCAAAUUUAUCGUAGACAAUGCACCGUUUAACACCAAGGAGCAACUACUCAAGAAAUUGUUAAGAAACGAUACAGGAACCCAGGCCAAUCCGUGUCGCCUGUUCCCGCCUUCGUGGCUGGAAUGGAGAGCAUCGGCAAGACUUGCUGAUACAGCACUGGGACUUGUACUUCCAGACGGUAUCAUGCAAACCGUUGCAGUGGAUUCAUGGACAACUUGUGAAGAAGCUGCUGCUUUGGCUAUUUCAUCACUAGGUAUUCCAAACCUAGGUUGGACUGUCGUAAUUGAUGACAGCGGUUUGAUAACUGACUCAUGUGGUUUAGAUUAUGUGCUAGAUUUGGUGUCAGAAAAAGAACUUUGUCCAGCGUUUCCUGCAGUUCGCAGUGAUUUACUGAGAUGUGGGAGCAGAAAUCCCCAACCUCCUGCAAUUGAACCUGAAAUGAGUCCUAAGCGACCUCAAGUACCACCACCGGAGCCACCGUCUUCGAAACGUAUGUCUGAUGUUCAAUUAUUGCCAGCAUCACAUGAAUCUCACGUAAGUGAAGGCAAGGCAGAUGGAGAUGAAAUAAGACCCGAAUACACUAGGCACAUGGAAGCUGUAACUAGAAAAAGUUCACAUGAUGCAAUUUCAAGAAGCAAAAUUCUCAAUGACCGUUACUUUGAAUCUGAAAAGUCCAGAUCCAGAUCACUCGACGAUUUAUUGGCUGCUGAUUCUAAUGAGAUUAUUCCAAUAAAUGAUCCAGUGCCAAUGGUUCUGACAAUGGGCGAGCACCGACAAAGUGAUCGCUAUCGUUCAAGUGAUGGAAUCACACCACUAAAAGAGCCACAACCAAGGUAUGUCAAGUCUCAGUAUGCCGGAAAACGAUCAGCUGGUUCACAUUCAAGCAAGUAUGUCGAUCGUUCAGAGAUGAGUAUUCGAUCGUCUGCUAUGUCAGAUACUAGUGAAGCACCAUCCCUUGCAAGCCACGUUAGACGUGUACGCGUACCGUCACAGGCUUCAGACGUUGAUCAAUUUUUAGACGAUUUGUUCAGCCCUGUUCUUGAUGGAUCUUUGGAUGAAUUAUCAGAUGCAAGAUCACUAGCUGCCAGUAUCAGGGGAACAAAAAAGAAUGCAAAGCCAAAUACCGAACCGCAAACAACCAUUCAAGACUAUGUUGAUGCAGUCGUAAAUUCGGUUCAGAUGAGUAACUCUCUAUCAAAUCUUCAAAAUAAAAACAUGAUCAGUAACAUUAUCAAAGGAGGAGGAACGGCUCAUCAAACGAAAAAUAACGUAUCUAAUGGAUUUUCUCCAAAUUCAUCAAACUUCAAUUCAACGCCUAUUGCUCCGAUUACACCAAUUAAUUCAAACUCUCUUUUGAUGAUGAGCUCGGUGAGCCCUGAAGUAGUGGUACCCGUUUUCAAUAUACCACCGGGGGUUGAAGGAUCAGCUUAUCAGCAGCAAGUUCAAAGAGCUUUUUUGCAAUCAGCGAUGGCGCAGAACAUUCAAAUUCAACAACAGUUAAUGGCCCAAAACCAAGCAUUACAGACAUUACUGACCCAACAGGAUGGACCAAAAUCCCCUCCGAUUCACAACAUGUCCCCGAAACAAAAUCCAUCUUUGUCGCCUUCGACACCGCAGUCGUCUAAUCGUAAAACCAGCGUUAAGGCUAGAUCGGAUUCAACGACAGCGUCGAUGUCUGACCUAUUGCGAAACCGAAAAGAUUCUUCAUCGUCAAAUUUAAUUCCGCCUCCUCCACCACCUCCGCUGCCGCCGCCAUUAGAAAUGAAAGAUCCUCUCGAAGUGCGUCCUUUUCUAGAUCCGUACGGUAGAGCCAAAACAGUGCGAAUUGGAAAAUGGAGAUGGCCACCGCCACAAGAUGGAUCCGCUGGAGAAAGUGAAGAAAAUUUUAUGCAUUUUAAAAUGCGUCACAGUAACCGCAAAACAACGCCUCAGUCACAAGUUAAUAGUAACGUGGAGUCUCCCAUUGGAUCUCCAAAUGGUGUCGAGUGGGACGAAUUUGAAAUAGAUCUUCAAAUAUCAAGCAGCUCAAACAAUCAGAAUCAGUUAACUGAUCAAAAUCAAAAAGCUAAUCAAGCAAAUCGCGUAGCUAAACGAAGUUUUGACAUUGGUGCGGAUAGACCUUCACCAAGCAGUGUGGGAAAACUAAAAUUGAGCAACGAAAUGAGACAACGACUAGAACAAGUCACUGCUGGACAUUCCGUACGAUCAACUAGCACUCGCUCAGAUAGAACGGAACGGAUACCAGCAAAACUAGAGGACACCCGUAGAAUGAUUCUUGAGCAACAAUUGGGUGGCAUCAUGUCAAUGCAGCAUGCAUCGAACGCGCAAGCUGAUAUACCAUCUGUCAAAACACAGGUUCAAAGAAUGGAAGCAAGCAAAAGACCUCCGCCUACAUCUUGGCCAACGGUUUUACCACCAGCUCCAGCUGGACCGGCACCACCACCACCAAUAAGACCACCCAACACAACACCUCCUGCUCCACCUCCACCUCAAAUGCAAUCCUUGUUGCAAGAAGUACCAUCUUUUGUCCAACGACAGGAACGAGACACCUUUGGUGCUAAGGAUCCAUUUAACGACUCGUGGAGCCGAGCCGAGGCAGCCAAAUUGGAACUCGUGUAUGAAGCAAGCUUUAAGAAAGAAGUAGUAUCACAACGCGAACGUUCUCGAUCCCGAUCCAGAUCUCGUGAUCGAGAAAACUUCUCUGAAUCUGUGUGGGAUCGCUCUGAGGUUGAAGGACCGUCAUCAACUACAAGUGAUCGGGAUAAUAAAGAACGUGAAAAACGCGACCGAAAUUAUGAAAUGACUCAAAUUCAACGGGAAAAAGAAAGUACUAAAGUUUACCAGCCAGCUCAGCCAAAAGAUAAAAUAAAAUCGACAAACAAUAAUAGUCGUCACUCAGUAGCAACAUUUAAAACUCACAUGGUUCAAAAAAGUGUGCAAGAGAGAGAGCGUAAGACAUCUUCAACUACCAUAUCAUCGAUAAACAAUGACCAUAUCAAUGACUCGGAUUUAUCUGUACACGAUCCACCUGCACCAGUGAUGCCUUCACCUGCACCUCCAUCACUGAAAGCUCCUGCAGCUGCUUGUCUAACCUAUAACAAGGUUACUUGGAAACUGCGUGUAAGGAAGGAAGUAUUCCGUCCGAGUGAAUCAGUGUCCGCUCCGGCAGCGCUUGAUCUAAUAUUUUCACAAAUUACAUCUGAUGUACUAGGGUUAACACCUUGCCUUCGAAUUAACCCUCAAGAAAAACGUGCUGCGAUGAAUUUGCUCAACAGUCAUGGCGUAACCAGUGAGAACAUGUCGAGUCAAGUUAGAGCAAUAGUAAAACGGCAUUUGUUGGACAUGGCACGAGGCUGGCCUCUGUACUUUUCGCGAAUGUUCAUACUUAACGGAUCACCCUCCAUUCCGGGGGGAACCUUGCUGGCUGUAUCACAUGUAGGAGUUUAUUUGGCAAGAAAAGAACAAGAUUAUAUAUCCGUACAAAAAACGAUGCCUUUCUCCGAAAUUCAAAGUGUUACAACAUUACCACGGCCUUCAACUUUCCAGUUAACAAUGAAGAACGGUAAUCGUAUCGUUCUUCACGCUCCCAAAGCAACCGCUAUACAAAGCAUGAUACACUCUUUCUUGGUGGAAUAUCGACAGACUCAAACUAAGGGACCUACAAUAUCAUCUGGAGUACGUGCAGCUGCAGCCACUCUCAACGUUCCUCUGGAGCGCCUCGAAAUAUCGAACAACAGUCCCAGCUCACCAAAUCAGCUCUCACCGGCUGAAAAAUCCCACCGGUCAUCGACCAUCGAUUACGAUAAUAUGCACCUCGAAAAUGGACUGCAACCACAGCAACAGGAUAUUCCCUCGUCACCAAACAAUCAAAAUAAUUAUGGCCAUCAUGGACAUUACAAAGUUUCAGUGAGUUCCAUGGGAAAUAACUACGCACAAGGUGGGCACAUAAUGCAGCACGAAGAAUCAUCGCCAACUCAAACAUCACUCACCAAGCAUUCUCUUCUUCAGUUUGCAAUGCAACAUUUUAGAAACGACGGCGAGGAAUUCAAAAAAAAUGAUAACCGAGGAAGUACACGCAAUCCUCUUGCGGAAAUGGUAAAAUGGCAGGGUAAUCCACUUCGAUUACCUCUCUUGCGCCUGCCACCUGACUUAGCUCCGUUAGCGAUUGAAUGUUUCGAUUGUAUCCUUCGAUAUUGUGGGGACCUUAUUCCCGAUCCCGAGCUAACCGAAGUCAAGUGCGUCUACACUGUCCUGAUGCACUGCCACAAACAUUUGACCUUGAGGGAUGAAGUCUACUGUCAGCUUAUAAAACAAACUACAGCUAAUCGUUCAACGUGUCCUGAAUCGGCCCAACGCGCAUGGCGACUACUGAGUAUCCUAGCAGCAUAUUUCGGUUGCUCCGAUGCACUUCGUCCGUACUUGAUAGAACACCUAACAUCUGCAGCAUCAGAUCGUCGACGAGCUUGUCACGGAACGGCCGCUGUCUGUCUUACCAACCUUAGGAAAACGGCACGCUGUGGUGGAAGGAAAAAUGUACCAAGCGUUGAAGAGGUCACAGCCGUAUCAGCUGGACGAUCUGCGAGAAGACAAAUUUAUCGGUUACCAGGUGGAGCAGAGCGCAUCGUAAACACACGAUGCUCGACAGUAGUUGGAGAUGUAAUUACGGAGCUAUGCUCACUUUUGGGAAUAGAGAUACCAGCAGAGCAACAAGAGUUUUCAUUGUACUGCAUUGUUCAAGGAGAUGCGUUCACGAUGCCUCUUGCUGCAGACGAGUAUAUACUAGAUGUAACAACCGAGUUGCUAAAAUCAGGUCAACCAUUCUAUCUGAUUUUCUGUCGCUCAGUGUGGCAUUUCCCCCUAAAACGAGACCCUGCCCCAACCCCUCUAUACAUAGAAGUACUAUUCAAUCAGGUGGCACCAGAUUACCUGGAAGGACUACUUUUGGAAUUACCAAACGGCGGAGCUCCCACUCCUGAUUAUGUUCGCGAUAUGGCUAGAAUCGCUGCGAUACUUCACAGAGCAGCAGACCUGAAUCAUUUACCGGCAAUGAAGGAAAUUAAAUUUCUGUUGCCAAAACCAGCUCUUUCGCUACGAGAACUUCGUCCAGCCCAAUGGGUUGCUUUAGUACAGUCUGCUUGGCCAUCCAUAGCCGGUCUAAGUCCCAUACAAGUGAAAGCUCAAUUCCUGAACGUAUUGUCUUCAUGGCCAUUGUUCGGAAGCAGUUUCUUUGCCGUGAAGCGCGUUUGGUCUGAGGAAACACCUGCUGAAGAAGUAAGCCCAAUGUGGAGGGAGCUGAUACUUGCACUAAACAGACGCGGAGUGCUAUUUUUGGAUCCCAACACGCAUGAGACGAUGCAGCACUGGCCAUUCAAUGAAGUGAUUUCUACUAGAAAGGUUCGAUCGGAGGAUGGAGCUCUGUUCCUGGACAUGAAAGUAGGAAAUCUUCUGCAACAACGGGUCAUCCGAGUUCAAACGGAGCAGGCACAUGAAAUUUCGAGACUAGUGCGGCAGUACAUCACAAUGGCACAAGCACAACUGAGGGACCGAAGAGAAUAAUUUUAAUAUAAAAUGUAUGCAAUCGAAAUUAGAAUAUAUUUAAAGAAUCAAAAAGUUUAUAAAAAUUGUUUUGUUAAGACCAAAUGGCUUUUUUCAAUCCGGCAAACAGUCAUAAAGUCAUAUGUUAUGAAAGAUUGGUUAAACGUAAGAAAUAAUAAAUAACCAGAGAUUUUAUAAAA